AUGGGUACAAUAAAAACAUUGGAGCAUAAAUUAGAAUUUGUUGGAAAACAAAUUGCUGGGUUACGGUAUGACAUCAGAUUAUUGUUCGAUAUUCUUGAGAGAAUCGAACAUAAAAUUGAUAAACCUGCAAUGACAGCUUCAAUCAAUCAUACAAAUCAAUCUUUAAUAGACCAACCAUUUAUUAAAACUAUCAAUACUGCGGAUGAAUUACAAGCAUUGGAAGCUAAACUAAUAAACCCUGAUCAAAACAAUGAAUUUAGGUAUCAAUUAAUUACUGAAAUUACUUGGUCAAUGGGUAAAGACGUAAAACAUUCAGUUAAACGCAUAUUCGAAAAAUUAUUUAACGACAAACUUCUAUGUGUAUAUUCAUUUUAUGGCAUUAGGAACAAAAAAUCUUUUUCCACGUUAAAUAUUUGUUCCAUUAUUUUUGAAGCAAUCCGCAAAGAGAUAAAAUUUAAGAAUGUUCAACAUAAAGAAAUAGAAGAUUGCAUACAAAAAUAUUUGGCACAACGACCAUUUGUGGUGAAAAGAAAAAAAGCUACAAUGCUAACAAACAUUGCAGAUGAUGAUCAAUUAUUACAAUAAUAUAACUUUUAAAAUAUUGAUAAAUAGGGCACUAUACUAGCAUGCACUAUCUCUGUCUUACAAACACAUGACAUAGCAAAUUGUACAUUCUAAAUAAUCUAUUUAACUCCCUUAUGAUUAAUAUUACACGCUAAUUUACCUAAUAUUAAAUUUAAUAGUAAAAAUAUUUUUGUAUGAACCUCAUAAGUUUUUAAUAACUGUAAUAUUAAGCAUAAAGAAGUUGGUAUGGAUUAUUCAGAAUGUACAAUUUGCUAUGUUAUGCUAUAUUAUGUUAAGAUGAAACAGUGCAUGUAAGCAUAGUGUUCUAGCUCUUAAUAUAUAAAUAUUAUUAUUUGUUGUUAAAAAGUUGCAAAUAUAUUAUAAGUA